UACAGUUGUGCGCAUGCGUGGUGUCCUGACCGGGCAGGAACUCACGCUAGUCCCCCUAUCUUGGCCUUCAUCCUUCCUCCCGGGGUUUAAUCGUGACGCCGGGUUCCAUGUCCCCAGCUCCGAGUUCGGGUACGGAACGCGGUCCGGCUGGUGAUGGUAAAAAGCCGAAUGCGUCGCUUCCUGACUGCAAUCAAUAGACGGAUGAUGAAGCUGCUCAUUGCUCUCGCCUUGAUCGCCUAUGUAGCCUCUGUCUGGGGAAACUUUGUCAACAUGAGCAGGUCAAUCCAGGAGAAUGGGGAGCAGAAAAUGGAAAAGAAAAUAGAAGAGGUCAUUGCACCAUUGAGGGAAAAAAUAAGAGAUUUGGAAAAAAGCUUUACACAGAAAUACCCUCCUGUGAAAUUUCUAUCAGAAAAAGACAGGAAGAGAAUUUUGAUAACUGGAGGUGCUGGUUUUGUGGGUUCACAUCUCACAGACAAACUUAUGAUGGAUGGUCAUGAGGUUACUGUUGUGGACAAUUUUUUUACUGGUAGGAAAAGGAAUGUGGAGCAUUGGAUUGGCCACGAGAAUUUUGAACUCAUUAAUCAUGAUGUGGUGGAACCACUUUACAUUGAAGUGGACCAGAUUUAUCAUUUAGCCUCUCCCGCUUCUCCUCCAAAUUACAUGUAUAAUCCAAUCAAGACUUUAAAAACCAACACGAUAGGAACCUUGAACAUGUUGGGAUUAGCGAAGCGUGUUGGAGCUCGGCUACUACUGGCGUCUACUUCUGAGGUCUAUGGAGAUCCAGAAGUACACCCUCAAAAUGAAGACUACUGGGGACAUGUGAAUCCCAUAGGCCCCCGAGCUUGUUAUGAUGAGGGGAAGCGCGUAGCUGAGACAAUGUGCUAUGCAUAUAUGAAACAGGAAGGUGUGGAGGUCAGGGUGGCUCGGAUAUUUAAUACCUUUGGGCCACGUAUGCACAUGAACGAUGGAAGAGUCGUUAGUAACUUCGUACUGCAAGCACUUCAAGGAGAACCUUUAACUGUAUAUGGAUCGGGGUCACAGACCAGAGCAUUUCAAUAUGUCAGUGACUUGGUCAAUGGGCUUGUGGCUUUAAUGAACAGCAAUGUCAGCAGUCCUGUGAAUCUGGGAAACCCAGAAGAGCACACCAUCCUGGAAUUUGCCAGAUUAAUUAAACACCUUGUUGGGAGUGGUGGAGAAAUACAGUUUCUUUCAGAAGCUCAAGAUGAUCCACAAAGGCGGAAACCAGAUAUCAAGAAGGCCAAGCUUUUGCUUGGGUGGGAACCUGUGGUUCCACUAGAGGAAGGCUUGAAUAAAACAAUCCACUACUUUAGCAAAGAACUUGAAUACCAAGCAAACAACCAAUAUAUUCCUAAGCCGAAACCGGCGAGAAUAAAAAAAGAAAAGAGAGACUCCUGAGGGGGUAUCAUGAAGAAUAAAACUGGAAUUUCCCUAUGAAGCUUGCUUUAAAGGAAUGGAUGUGCCUAAUAAUAUUGAGAACUGCAAACAUUGCCUUGCACUUUUUAAAUUUGUCUUUCUAUGUACAGUAGUGUAGGAAAUACAUGGAAAUCUCCACAUUUUAUAUAUCUUGCUGUGACUGUUUUUGACCACUGUCUAAGGACAGGUCAGCCCUAUUGCUGGUGGUGGGGCCAGCUAAAAAUCACCAUUAAGUCCUUUUUCAGACUCUGCUGAGUACAACGGGUUUCAAUUACUGGUUUCGUUUUGAAGCUGAAGCUAAAAAGGAGAUUAAAAAAAUGCCAAUUUUAUUUAUAUAUGUUUAAAAAAAAUAUGGUUUGUAUUCUAUGCAUUCUAUGCAUUAUACGGUGGCAGCCUUGUCAGAGUCCACUCUUACAUACUGCCAAUUUAGCUAUACCCCUUGUCAGGUAAAGGGGUUGAAGAGUGUGAAAAGAUACAUAUGUGCUGAAGCUUUGUGUCCUUGUUGGUUUUUCUUUGUUUUUGUUUUUUUAUUGUUUUUACUUUAAACCAGAUCUUUGUUCUCCUCAGUGUUCACAAGGCUGUAAAUUUGAAUUGAAAAGCAGCUAUUAUAAAUAAGAAUAUUUUGAAUCACUAUUGUGUUGUCAGGUGUACUCUUGGAUAAAGAAAAUAAAGUAUUAUCAGUU